AUGACAGAAGCUAAAAUAGUUCACACUCCAAUAGCACAUCAUUGCAAACUUUCAUUAGAGAAUUCACCCAAAGAGACAAAUGUUGAGCAUCUAAAGCAAAUGUCUACUGUUCCUUACUCCCAGUCAGUGGGAAGUCUUAUGUAUCUUAUGAUUUCUACAAGGCCAAACAUUGCAUGUACUACUAGUUUGAUCGGUAGGUACAUGGCUAACACUGGAAAGAGGCAUUGGAAGGCUACUAAAUGGAUAAUGAGGUACCUAAAGGGCAUUAUGAGUGCCAGACUUCUAUAUCAACAGACUUAUGAUACUAAAUCUAAGCUAAUUGGUUAUGUUGACUCAGACUACGCAGAGGACCUAGACAGAAGGAGGUCUUUAUCAGGUCAUAUCUUUCUAUAUGGAAGCUGUGUUCUCAGUUGGAAGGCUACAUUACAAUCAGUGGUAGCUCUUUCUACCACUGAGAUUGAAGGAAAAAGGAUAGAGGUGUUGAAGAUUCAUACCUCAAACAAUGCCUCUGACAUGUUGAUCAAAGCCAUGACCCAGCUCAAACUUAAAAAAUAUCUGGAUAUCAUCGGGUUUGAGCUGAAAGACAAAGGGUGA